CUUGAUUUGACAUUUGUGAUUUGUGACUUCUUCUGUAAAUCAUUCCAUCAUUUCAUUUCAUUUUCAUUAAUCAUUACUCAUUACAGAGUACUUUAUUGCUGCCCACUUUACUAAAUACAAAAGAAAGUAAUUAGUGAAUACUAGAAACUUGGAAAGAAAUAAAAUUUUGUGUUUAGUGUUUCGAACGAAAAAGUAAUCAUAUUUAAAUUUUAAAGUCUACAUAACUGAUAAAAGUGUGUUUGUAUAUAGUUUUAAUUAAAAGGAGUGCGUCACCAAAUAAGAACAAUGUCAGGAAAUAGGAGUAUCCUUAAUUCAAACAAUCUUUUCGAAGAUGACGAUGUUGACGACGCAAACUUCGUUGAAAGUUAUAGACAAAGAUUCCCUCCACCUCAACCGAGGCCAUCUCAGUCGCCAUACAUCGCGGAAUUGGAAAGACAAAGGCAAAUAACUUUAGAAAAACAAAAAGAGAUCGAACAGCGUACGCUCGAUUCCUCGGUAAGAAGUAUAGGUUUAUUGCGUGAGUCUGAACAAAUUGGCAUUGCAACCGCGGAGGAACUGGCUCGUCAAAGAGAACAACUGGAAAAUACCAACAAACGUCUAGAUGAAAUUAACACUAACUUAACUUACAGUCAAAAGCAUCUUAAUGGCAUUAAAUCGGUUUUUUAUGGAUUCAAAAAUUAUCUCUCUGGUAAAUCUGACCAAACACCCCCUAAAAGUCAGAUUUCCCCAAGUUCAAGUAGUUCUAAAGUAGGCACAAGUAGCAGGUUUGAUGAUACCACACCGUCAAUGGCUGCUGGAAGAAGCAGCAACUUCAGCAGUCAUCCCAGCACUCGCUUGCGAGAACUUGAUGCACAAAUACAACCUGAACCAAUAUCAGACUCGCAGAGAAUAAACAAAAUACUGGAUCAGAAUUUGGAUGAAAUGGUUUCUCAUAUAACAAGACUCAAAGGCCUCGGAGUGGCUCUUGGUGAUGAAAUAACACAACAAAAUGAACUCAUUGAUAGAAUUCACGACAAAGCUGAUGAUGCAGAUAUAAAGAUUGGCCAGCAAAACAAGCAAAUGAAUAAGCUAUUAGGCAAAUGAUAACAUUUAUAAGAAAUCAAUCUGUUCUCCUAUUACUGUAUAAUAUAAACUUUGUUAAGUGAAUUUGUUAAAUUUAAACUUAAGCCUUUGUUACUUUUAUAUCAGCUGAAAAUGUUGAACAUAAAAUUAUUGUAUUCAUUAAAAAAAGUUCUGUAAUAUAUUGCUAAGUAUUAUAGGAAAGGUUAUCUAUAAAUUAAUUAACAUGUAUCGCUUAUCAAAAAUUUAGGUGUAGGUGGCUAUUCAUGAUAAAGUGCAAAGCUACUAACUUUGUACUGAUAAACAAUAUAUUAAUUAUUAUAGUAUACACUUUUUUAGCACUAUUUGAGUUUGUAUAUAAUUUUUGCAUACUGGGAAUUAGAAGGCUGCAUACAAGACCAGCAUGUAAAAAAAUACAAUACUAUUUGCAUCUCCAUCUCAGGCACCAAAAUAUACCCAGGCUGUACAGAUGUAAAAUAGAGUGGAAUAGAUAGAAUAUAGACUAGUUUAUGAUAAUAUUAUUAUAGGUACUCAGAAUUUGUCAAAUUUUCUAGUUGUGGAGAAUCAAUAGAAUUAUCAUUUGCCUUUUUUUUAACUUUUACUUUUUAAUUUUACAAUAAAAAAAAAAUACAUGAAAUUAAAAGUGGGAUUUAUUGUAAUAAUUAAUCCAAAUUGAUUAUUGUAUGUGCUUUUUCACGAAUCAGGUCAGAUUGUGCCCAUUGUCCUUUGCAAUAUAAUGUGUUUUUACCAAGAUAAAUUCUUGUAUUUACUAGAAAGUUUCAUUGAUUUUUUACUUGAAACCUGUAUCCAUUGUGUAUAAGAUUUGUGUAUGCUGCUUGAUUAUGCAGCCCCGCUUACUUAUCAUCAUUCCUAUUUGCUUUAUAAAUACAUCCAGUAAACUACUUUCAAUUAUUGUAAUAUAUUUUUUAGAAUGAUUAAAUUAUAACUAAUUUUGUGGAA